UUCACCACCGCUCUCUCCUCACUCCCCGAGUGCUGGAUAUUGGGGUUUCUAACGUACGCCGGUUUUCUGCUGAAUUAGUCGCAGACUCCGCUCACGUGUGCUAUGGGUCUACUUGACCAGCUUUGGGACGAUACCGUGGCCGGACCACCACCGGACAACGGCCUCGGCAAGCUCCGGAAACAUUCCACCUUCAAUUUCCGGUCAACCACCGGCAAGGAAUCAGACGGUCAAAACGGGCGAUCGUUAGGUGAUGAUGCCAGCGAGGAGGUAACAAAAGUUACGCGCAGUAUCAUGAUAGUAAAGCCACCUGGAUAUCAGUUUGGAUCUCCUCCGGUUUCCCCUGCCGGCUCUACUCCUCCGGUAUCGCCCUUUUCCGGAGGCAGAGAGUCCUUUCGCUUUCGAAGAAGAUCGACAUCAGAUGCAUAUGAGAAGGCAAGCGAGGUUGGACCCAGGAGUCCUGCUCCUCCUUACGACGUCUGAUAUAUGAGAGAUCACUCCUUUUGUUAUCUUGCAUCCGGCUGCUGUAAUGUUUUCAAUUCUGGAAGAAGUGUUUGGGUUUGUAAUGGCGUGUGCGAAGACCCAAGUGUUAUGUGUGUGUUUACAUGCUUGUGUAGCAGUGUUUCGGAAUUUGGAUCUUUUAGCUUUAGUGAUAAGCUGCGAGAUAGGUUGGUACUUUUAAGCAGUGAACUUGUGAUAGUGUAGUUAUGCUAUCUGUAUAUAUUAUUAUAAGCUUUCUUUCCUUUUCUUUUCUUCA